CGAAACAAGGUUAAAAUUGCGUGAUUCGGACUAUCUAUGCCAUAAAAUGUUUUGUGCUCUUAUCAAUUCUUAUCUGAAAGAUUAGAUUGGCUCAUUUGAUCUGACUUUGAGUCUUUCUUCUUCCAUCAUUAAAUUUGUCCUUUUGUAAAGAAUUGUUUAGAAAUAUGCCGACUAAUACUGUGGAGGGCUUUGCCACUAAAGCCAUUCAUGCUGGACAGGAUCCACUACAAUGGAGUCAUUGUUCUGUCAUUCCACCACUUGUAAUGUCUACGACUUAUCAACAAGAUGGACCUGCUCAGCAUAAGGGUUUUGAGUAUGGAAGGAGUGGCAACCCUACACGUAAUGUGUUGGAGACUUGCUUAGCAGCCAUAGAAAAUGGCAAACACGGUUUAGCUUUCGCCUCGGGUCUUGGUGCUACAACAGCCCUGGCUUCUCUUUUGGAUGCUGGGGAUCACAUCAUCUGCUGCGAUGACGUCUAUGGUGGUACCAAUCGAUAUUUCAGAACUUGCUGCUCCAAGAACAAUAUCCAAAUCACCUUCACUGAUGCCACAAAUAUAAAAACUGUUAUUAACAGCAUCCAACCCACUACGAAGAUGAUUUGGAUUGAAUCGCCGACGAAUCCGCUCCUGAAAAUUAUUGAUAUAAAAGCUAUUAGUGAAGCCGUGAAAGCCGUUAACUCGGAAAUUAUCAUUGUUGUUGACAAUAGCUUCCUCACAUGCUACUUCCAACGUUGGGAAUCGUUCCUUCACCUUUCGACUGCUACCAAGUUAACAGGAGCCUAAAAACCUUAGAAAUCAGGAUGGAGAAGCACAUGACGAAUGGUUUGGCAGUUGCUAAAUUCCUGGAAUCGCACUCGCAUGUGAAGCAAGUGUUUCAUCCAUUAUAGAGGAAGUUCAUUACAAAGAAAUUUCACUCAGAUGUUGCAAUACCCCUUGUCUACUUGCUGAACGAGAGUUCGGAUGAAACGUAGUGAUCGCAGCUCCUUAGCUACGAUUCUCUGAUUGUGAUGGAAAUUUUGAGCUGUUCCUGCAGGUUUAACUCAGCUGUCCACCGAGUGAUUGACUAGCCUGGUAGUGAUUUUAUGUGGAAAAUGUCGUGCUGUCUAUUAUAAAAUAGGGUUAUAGGGUUAUAGAAUAGUCGUGGGGACUAAAAAUUGAACUACAAGGUCUUCAUAUUCAUAUAUUUCAAUUGCUUAGAACAGAAUCAACCAAUAAUUAUAAAUGAUUUGUC